CAAUGUACUACUAGUUUAAAAUAACUGUUUCUCAUAUGGAGCUGCAAGCAACGCCAAGCCGUGACUUAACUCCACCUGCAAAACAGAUUCAUAAUUCAUUCUUUUUACUUUACAAAGAAUCAUUCCCAUUAUAACCAUUUUUUUCUAACUUUUAAUACCCGUGCUUCUACUUUUUCCUUAUAUCAAUUCAAUUGUUCAUCCAAAAAUGGAGGCUUUUGUGUAUAUGAUUCUGGUUCUUAUGUUGUGUGGUCAUGCUACUAGCAAAGAAUGCACAAACAUUCCGACGCAAUCGCAUACGUUUCGAUACGAGCUUUUGACAUCAAAGAAUGAAACAUGGAAGGAAGAGGUGAUGGCUCAUUAUCAUUUGACACCAACUGAUGAAUCAGCUUGGGCAGAUUUGUUACCAAGGAAGUUGUUAUCAGAACAACACCAACAUGAUUGGACUGUUAUGUAUAGGAAAAUUAAGAAUUUGGGUGUGUUUAAGCCACCUAUAGGAUUUCUCAAAGAAGUGCCUCUUGGGGAUGUGAAGUUAAUGGAAGGUUCCAUUCAUGCUAAGGCACAAGAGACUAAUUUGGAGUAUUUGUUGAUGUUAGAUGUUGAUAGCUUGAUUUGGAGCUUUAGGAAAACAGCUGGUUUAGAUACUCCUGGGACACCUUAUGAAGGAUGGGAGGGUCCAGAUGUUGAACUCCGAGGUCAUUUUGUUGGGCAUUACUUGAGUGCAUCAGCUCUAAUGUGGGCGAGCACAAAGAAUGAUACCCUAAAGGGGAAAGUUUCAGCUCUAAUUGCCGGUCUAUCUGCCUGUCAGGAGAAAAUUGGAACAGGAUAUCUCUCGGCAUUUCCACCUGAGUUUUUCGACCGAUUUGAAGCUAUUCAACCUGUGUGGGCUCCCUAUUACACAAUUCACAAGAUCUUGGCUGGCUUGUUGGAUCAAUAUACUGUAGCCGGAAACCCUCAAGCUCUCAAAAUGGUGACAUGGAUGGUUGAUUACUUUUACAACCGAGUGGUGAAUGUAAUAUCAAAGUACACUCUAAAUAGACACUAUGAAUCACUGAAUGACGAAACUGGAGGAAUGAAUGAUAUACUUUACAGAUUAUAUAGCAUAACGGGCGAUUCAAAGCAUCUAUUGUUGGCGCACCUUUUCGACAAGCCAUGCUUUUUAGGGGUGCUUGCUUUACAGGCUAAUGACAUAUCUGAUUUUCAUGCUAAUACACAUAUCCCAAUUGUUGUUGGAUCUCAAAUGCGGUAUGAAGUCACGGGUGAUCCACUUUAUAAGGAAAUUGGGACAUUCUUUAUGGAUAUUAUAAACUCUUCCCACAGCUAUGCAACUGGAGGGACAUCAGUCAAUGAGUUCUGGAGUAAUCCAAAGCGAAUAGCAGACAACCUAAAAUCAACAGAGAAUGAAGAAUCAUGCACAACUUAUAAUAUGUUGAAGGUUUCACGGCACCUGUUCAGAUGGACCAAAGAAGUCUCUUAUGCAGAUUAUUACGAGCGCGCCUUAACGAAUGGUGUACUCAGCAUUCAAAGAGGAACAGACCCUGGAGUGAUGAUUUAUAUGCUUCCACUAGGUGUUGGAGUUUCCAAAGCUAAAACUGGACAUAGUUGGGGAGCACCAUUUAACGUUUUCUGGUGCUGCUAUGGAACAGGAAUUGAAUCAUUUUCAAAGCUGGGAGAUUCUAUCUAUUUUGAAGAGGAAGGGAAUGAUCCUAGUCUAUACAUCAUUCAAUACAUAUCAAGCUCAAUUAAUUGGAAAUCUGGGAAUAUUUUGCUCACUCAGACAGUUGUUCCAGCUGCUUCAUCGGAUCCUUACCUACGAGUUACAUUUACCUUUUCUCCUAUUGAGAAAAAUGGAACUUUGUCAACAUUGAACUUUCGACUACCAUCUUGGACUCACUCCAAUGGUGCCAAGAUGAUAUUGAAUACUGAAACUUUAUCUCUGCCAGCUCCAGGGAACUUUGCGUCAAUCACACGACAGUGGAGCGCUGGUGACAAUCUGACACUUCAGUUGCCUCUUACCAUCAGAACCGAAGCGAUAAAAGAUGACAGACCUGAAUAUGCAUCAGUUCAAGCAAUUCUUUACGGGCCAUAUCUUCUUGCCGGUCAUACUAACAGCAAUUGGGACAUUAAAGCUGGGAAUAAAACACCUCUUGCUGACUGGAUUACUCCAAUUCCUUCCAGUUACAAUAGUCAAUUAGUUUCAUUUUCUCAAGACAUUGAGAAUUCAACUUUUGUUAUAACAAACUCAAAUAAAUCACUUACAAUGCAAAACUUACCCGAACCUGGCACUGAUUUAGCUCUUUAUGCUACCUUUAGACUUGUCCCAAAAGACGGUCUUGAUAAAUUAGUGGUGUUAGAACCAAUUGAUCUUCCUGGAAUGUUUGUAACUCACCAAGGAGCAGACAAACCUCUUAUCAUUGUAGAUUCUUCACAUGGUGACCCUGCUGUUUUUCUAGUGGAACCGGGAUUGGAUGGACGAAAAGAAACCAUAUCUUUAGAAUCACAAAGCCAUAGUAAGUGUUACGUGCAUAGCGGUUUGAACUCUGGUACAGGUCUUAAGCUCAGGUGCAUGCCUGAUUCUGAAGCUAGUUUUAACCAAGCAGCAAGUUUUGUUGCUGAGAAAGGAUUAAGACAAUACGAUCCUAUCAGUUUUGUAGCUAAAGGUGCAAAACAGAAUUUUCUUUUAGAGCCAUUGUUCAACUUCAGAGAUGAGCACUAUACAGUUUAUUUCAACAUCCAAGAAUGAUACAAAUUGUGUAUUCUAUUGGUUUGAAAGAAACAAUAUAUGUAAGAAACAAAGGUUCUAAUGAUGUAAAUUUAAUUUAAAAAGAUUAGCCAAUGAAUUUCUUGUGAUUAGUGCUCUAGCCUUUAAUCAAAGUGGUGCUCAAUUAUCAACA